AUGUCUGGGGCCACCGGGAGCCGCAGUGCUACUGAUCCGAUCUGGGGCUCGGGCCACGCAGGGAGGGUUCAACAUCUUAAAAAUGCCUGGGCAGCCGAGAGACCUCGCUGGGUCUGGGGUCAAGCCUCCUCUUGCUGUGUACCGCCGAGCAUGUCGGGGAUCCGGGGAGAGAUGCGGUUGAUAGGGAAGCUGUCCUUCAGUGACAAAGUGAAGCAGAACGAGGUGCAAGGGAGGCGAUUGGCCCCGGUUUUCUUCUCCGAGCCCCUGGCGAAAGCCUUCUACAGUCCUGGAAGUCCUCGGAUGCUCUUGUUGCUGCGACGACCACUGGAUGCUGCCGCCGCCUCGCGUUCCGUCUCUACAGUGAUGCUGAUGUGGAGGAGAUACCUUCUGUCGCCCGUGACGACAGACUCUGACUUCACAAAUGAGAAUGGACAACUUUGUUCGCCACUGUCCAUGGUGGAAGACAAAGGAUUUAGAGGCAUGAUCUCAACUUUUAAUCCCAAAUACAACAUGCCAUCAAGAACAUAUUUCACACAACUGAUGGAGAAGAAACACAGAGACAUCACAGAAAAAUUAAAAGCUGUCCUAAAGCAAACAGAGUGUGUUGCUUUGACAACAGACAUUUGGACCAGUGUGGCAACAGAGGCCUACCUGGGGGUGACAUGCCACUUCUUAGGGGAAGAUUGGGAGAUGAAGUCCCUCUCUCUAACCACAAUGCCCCUAGAAGAGAGACACACUGCAGCCAACAUUGCAGACUGGCUAGAGGAGACAACUGCCAAAUUUGAGAUUCCAAUUGUAAAGGUAAAGGCAGUUGUCCAUGACAAUGGGCCCAAUGUGGUGGCAGCAGCAAGAAUUCUUAGAGAGAGGCAUGGGUGCUUAGUGGAAUACUUCAAAAAGAGUGAACUGGCCUGCACUAAGCUUAAAGAAAAACAACAGCAGAUGGGAAAUCCACCACUCAUGUUGAUACAGGAUGUCAGUACCCCAUGGAACAGUACGUAUCACAUGUUAUCAAGACUCCUAGAACAGCGAUGGCCUGUGACUGCAGCUCUCUCCGAUCUAGCAGUCAAUCCAAGAGGUAAACACCACUACCUGGAUCUAAAGCCAAAGCAGUGGCACAUCAGUGAGGAGUUGACACAGGUCCUUGGGCCAUUUGAAGGAGCUACAGAGUUUUUUAGUGGAGAACAGUAUGUCAACCUCUCUGCUCUUCCACAGCUGGUCCAAAACCUUAAAAAGUCCACACUGACUGCAGAACCCGAAACCGGACCAGUGAAGGCAUUUCAGGCUUCUGCUGCACAGCAGAUCACAGAGAGGUGGCAAGGGCUGUAUGAAUUUCUACCUAAUUCUCCCAACCCUGUCCUUCUGGCUGCUGCUUUGGACCCCAGGUUUAGAAAACUGAAGUUCUUGCCUGUGGAAGAGGUGUUGAAGGUCCAAACUACUAUUCAAUCAAUGGCACUAGCUGCCAGAAAGGACUCAAAACAGACACAUGUAAGGGUAGAGGAAGCCACUGCCACCACAUCAGCUACACACACUAGAGGUAGAUCACAUCAGAAAAGUAUUCUGGGAUCAUCAUCAGAGGAUGAGGAUGAAGGAGAGGAUGAGGAUGAGCAGAUGAACAGAGCAGUGCAGAGGGAGGUCUUGGAGUAUUUUGGUGAACAGCCCAUUUCCAAAAAGGAUAAUCCACUGCCAUGGUGGAGAAAAAAUCAAGCAAGAUAUCCAACCUUGGCACAGCUGGCAAAGUCUUUCUUGGGGAUCCCAGCAACAUCAACACCUUCAGAGCGCUUGUUCUCUGCUGCUGGGAACAUUGCCUCAAAACGUAGGGCAAGCCUAAGUGCUGAGCAUGUGGAUAUGUUGACAUUUCUCCAUUGCAACUAUAAGCUGUUGUAA